GUUUCCGCUUCCGGGCGGGGGCACGGCCCGUUGCUAGGGUGGCGGCGUUGCUAAGGGGGGCCCGGCCGCAUGGCGGGCAAUCGCAUCCAGAAGAUAGGGAGCGUGUUCAGCCGGACCCGCAACCUGCUCCGCAUCGGGGUGAUCGAGAAGCCGCUGUGGUUCGACGUCUAUGCCGCUUUCCCCCCGCUGAGGGAGCCCGUCUACCGGCGGCCGCGGCCGCGCUACGGCAAGGUGAAGGAUGUCGUCCCGCCCGUCUUCUACGCGGAGGACGAAGUGCGAGCGAAAUUUUACAGAAUUUAUGGCACUGGCCCAAGGCCUUUCGACCUGUCACAGCCAAACUACAAAUCUACUUGCCAGAGGUUUGUUGAAAAAUUCUAUGAACUGAAAGAAGAAGGAAAAAUUGAAGAAGAAAAAUUGUUUGAAGAAACAGGAAAAGCCCUUUUAGCCAGUGGGGUAAUUUUACAGAGAAGAGGAGUAGAUAAAGGAGCACAACAGGAUCACCAGGGUGUUGGAACCAGGGAUUCUGUCUUGCACCAGCAGCUCCAAACUGUGUUGGAAGAGAUACAGGAGAAGAAGAAGGAUCAGGAGGAGCAGACACCUGAGCUGGCAGAAAGGCAGAAGGAAAAUCCCUGACCCUCCUGACAGCCAUGCUGGUGUCCUGGGACACUGCAGGGUGUUCCCUGGCCCUGCAGUCACUGCUCAGAAGCCAAAGUUUCUGCCUCCACAACCUCAUGGUGAGGAGACAUUUUCUUAGGGGGAAUAAGCCUCAGUGAUCCAGCUCUAGUGCCUUCCCUGGUGGUGUGUGGGGCACUCCUUCCAUCUCCCCAUUAAUACAAUUGGAGUUAUUCCCCUUUUCAAACAAGUAUGAAAAUGGAAAAAUUAAAGAAUUUAUUUAAAAAUGGCAA